UUUGUUUUAGAUAGAUUUUAGGGCUUUGUAGCCUGCGAUGGCGCUGCAGCUGCCGACGUCGAUGGCGGCGCUCCAGCGGCCGGCGUUGGGUUCCAGAAUUGGUAAACUUUCCGCGCGAGGAUUUCCAGUGUCGGCCGUUGAUGACGAGCAAGCGGCGCACCGGCAACGUCUGUUCAAUCGCAUUGCUCCAAUGUAUGACAAUCUGAAUGAUGUGCUGAGCCUUGGGCAGCACAGGAUUUGGAAGAGGAUGGCUGUCGGAUGGAGCGGUGCCAAAGCUGGAGACUCGGUGCUUGAUAUAUGCUGCGGCAGUGGGGAUUUGGCCAUGCUUCUAGCGGAGAAAGUCGGGCCCAGAGGCAAGGUGACUGGGCUCGAUUUUGCUGAAGAACAGCUAGCCUUGGCAAGGGAGCGACAAAAGAAAUCAUAUGGGCGACGAAACAUUGAGUGGUGCCUAGGCGAUGCUCUAAACUUGCCAUUCGACGUAGAACAAUUCGACGCUGUCACGGUUGGAUACGGCCUUCGUAACGUUCGAGAUAUUCCUCGAGCUUUCGAAGAGAUUUUACGUGUUCUAAGGCCAGGUGCUCUAGCAUCCAUCUUAGAUUUCAACAAAAGCACCGAUCCCGUUACAAGCAGCUUGCAAGGCUGGAUGCUGGACAAUGUUGUCGUUCCAGUAGCCUCUCAGUUUGGAUUCCGCGAGGACUACGAGUACCUCAAGCAAUCAAUCGAGAACUUCCACACAGGGCAGGAGCUAGAAAAAAUUGCAGCGCAAGCAGGAUUCUCGAGGGCCGUCCACUAUGAAAUCGCUGGGGGGCUAAUGGGCGUUCUUGUGGUUUCCAAAAAAAUUUAAAACUGCGAUACUUUCCAUUGCCGGGAUUUGAACCCGGGUCGCCUGGGUGAAAGCCAGGUAUCCUGACCGGACUAGACGACAAUGGAAUGAUGAGAAAGUUAAGCUUUUACUCGUCA